AAUAAAGCGAAAACCCGAAAAUGCAACGACACAAACGGAAACAGCAGCCGAAACUUGAAUGGUGAAACUGCACGAAACAAACAUCUCAUAAAUUACAACAAAAAGUGUGCGAACAAUAAUAACAACAAAAAUAUUUAAGCAGAUAUGGCAAUAAAAACACACACGAAAUGCAAACGGAAGAUGUGCUGCAGUAACAACAACAACACUAAUACCAAUAACGGUAGCAGCAACAAUAGUAGCAGUAAUAACGGUAGCAGCAACAACAACAAUAACAGCAAUAACAAGGACCUCGACACUAUAUCGCUACAAAUAGCAAAAACAACAGCAAUUCAGCAAGUACUAAAUGUCGGUGCAUGCAAAAAGAAGUGCAAGAAAACUUUAUACUUUGAAACGUAAAUGACGGUGAAAGAGGAUUGCUAAAGAAGCGGAAGUCCCACCAUAGAACUACAAUACUGUUCACUAUAUAUCAACCUAUGCGUGUGUGUGUGUGCGCGUAAGUACAUUAUAUUUUACAAUUUUCAGCUCAACAGUAUGGUGCUGUAGUGGUUAUCAAAGUACGGU